CUAUUCCUUUCGAUUCACUUCAGUCUUGACGUUCCAAUUAGGACCAUCAACCGGGUUUGGUGAUUCAAUUUCCGUCAGAGAUCAAAGCUGUACAGCUUUUGGGGCAGCUUAUAAGUUCACCUUUCCUACAAAUCUGAAGCAUCCAUUCUCUCCACAGCCUGUUUUAUUCUCCUCGUCUACUUCACGUCUUAUAUCACACUUCUGCUCUUCAGCUCUACCUAUCAAUCUUUCAAUAUGAGCUCUCUCCGUAUGAUUUCCGUCUCCGUUGUCCUCUCCGCUCUUACCUGUGUUACGAUCGCUCAAGAUCUAACUCAGCUCAUCGGAAGUCUUUCCGGAACCUGCCAAGCAGCUGCUGGUGGUCUCUUGACCAGUGAAUUCGGGACAUGUGCUAACGUCAUGGGCCUAGUACCUGUCAUUGGUGCAUCUGGAUCGGUUCUUGCUCCAUUUGGGGAUUACGUUACUUCUACUUGCCCAACUGCGACUUGCUCAGAUUCCGUCGUGGCGUCAGCCAAUGCGGCUCUUCAAAAGGGAUGUAGCGCUGAUAUUGCCAAGGGCGUUACUACAGCCAUCGCACUCGCGACCAUUGUACAAAACUUCUCACCCAUCCACGGACUGUUGUGCUCGCAAUAUGCGUCCAACGGCACCUACUGUGUCCUCAACCUUCUAGGCAACCUCGAAAAGGUCACCGGAAAGCCAGUCACUGUCGCCUUGGCUGAAGGUAUGCUCGUCCAAGGUUUCUCUGCUCUCCUUCCCUUGUUAGCCACAGCUCCCAAGGAAAUCUACUGUGAUGACUGUGGUCAUGCUUUGUACACCGAAAUUUCUGGCAUCAAACCGAUCGCGGCCAACAGCACUGCUGCCCCUGACAGCAGCAAGCUUGUUCAAGCCACCUGUGGUGCAAACUUCACCGAUGGAAAAGUCCCGGCCACUAUCAAGCAAGCUUCCUCGAGCUCGAACUCAACUAGUACCGGUGGCUAUACGGCCAGCGGCAGCGCCGGCUUGGCCGCUUCAUCAAGCACCGGGUCCUUUACCAAGCCCCUCUCUUUUGUCCUCGCCUCGUCGACAUUGUUUGUUUACCUUUUGUUAUCCGCAUAAUCAUAAGGCAUCCGAUUUUUUUCCAACCCGUCACGCUCCUGUAUAUGUCUUGUCCUGAAAUUGGAACUUUAGUAGAGCUUACUCGUCAUCAGAAUUUAAAGCUAUGAACUUAUCCCCAGCUCAAGUCAUUUGUAGGUGGUGUGCAUCAUGUGCAUACAUUUAUGAGUCUUGAAGACAAGUCACACGCACAUACUAACCUGGCUCAACAAGCUGAUGAAGCCUGACCAAAUCAUAUUUACACUGCAAGCAGCAGUAUAGAACAUAAAUGGUACUCAAAGUUGUGUAUACUUUGCCAUGCAUAGUUUUUUUGUGUUUUUUUGCAACUACAAACAACUUGGAAAACGU